AUGAAAUCAGACAUGAUGAACCGUGGCGACUCGUCUUCUUUGCGAGCUUGUUCGUCUCUCCAUUUGAACAAAACUUCCAACAACGGUCUUUUGGCCAUCGGAAUAGAGUUCGAGUUGACCAUGUUGGUCCAUGGAAGGUCGACAUUCGUGGAUGCAAACAACAUCUGUUCUUUAAAUUCUGGCAGCUGUGGAACAGACUGGUUGGUUGCAACAACAUCUGCUCCGCUAGGGAACCCGUUGGAAGACUUGAUACGUUUGGGACGGAACGCCCAGAUCUCUUUGAAGCCAGAUGAUAUCCAUGAAAGCACCAUGGAACACUUUCAGAAUGUUUGGAUCGGUGAAAAUAAUGUUCAAAUUCACAAGAUGCGGUCUAAGGUCGGGACUCAAUGGGUCUAUCAGUGUUCUGGAGUGUCAGGGACGGCUGGAACAAGCUCCAUGGACUCGUUGAACGAGAUCAAUGCGUUUGGCUUUGUAGUGAUCAACGGCUUAAAUGGCGACGUUUCGAAGUUAUCGACAGGAGUUUUAAACAACAACUGCGGUUUGGCAAUGUUACGAGGCUGCGGAGAUGCCUUUCGUGUUCCUGCUGUGUCUGAUUCGUCCAAAUAG